GAAUCCUAUAAAAGGCCAGCAGAGCCAGCUUCCAUGGAUGGUGUCUUUUGACUUUGCCCCUCUCUAAGAAAGGGUCGUUUGGUGCUGUCGCCAUGUCUUUUCGACUUUCUAGUGGAUCCAGGCGGCUCUGCUCUCCAGCUGGCACUGGUCGGCUAACUGGUGGAAGGACAGGCUUCAGGGCUGGAAAUGCAUGCGGUGGGUUGGGGGCAGGAAGCAGCUUCUCUGGCCCUCUUGGAAGCGUUUCUUCUAGAGGAAGUUUCUCUCAUGGUGGUGGAGGGUUGGGAAGUGGUGUCUGUACUGGUUUUCUUGAAAAUGAGCAUGGCCUCCUCCCUGGGAAUGAAAAGGUGACGCUACAGAACCUCAAUGACCGCCUGGCAUCCUAUCUGGACCACGUGCGUACUCUGGAGGAGGCCAACGCUGACCUCGAGCAGAAAAUCAAGGGCUGGUAUGAGAGAUAUGGACCUGGUUCUGGCCGGCAACUUGCUUAUGACUAUAGUAAAUAUUUCUCAGUCACUGAAGAUCUCAAAAGGCAGAUUAUUUCUGUGACUACCUGUAAUGCCAGCAUUGCUCUACAAAAUGAAAAUGCCAGACUGACUGCUGAUGACUUCAGGCUGAAGUAUGAAAAUGAGCUUGCUCUGCACCAGAGUGUUGAGGCUGACAUCAACGGUCUUCACAGAGUUAUGGAGGAGCUGACUCUUUGUACAAGUGACCUGGAGAUACAGUGUGAAGCACUCAGUGAGGAACUGACAUGCCUCAAAAAAAAUCACCAGGAGGAAAUGAAAGUCAUGCAGGGUGCAGCUGGGGGGAACGUGACUGUGGAGAUAAAUGCAGCCCCAGGAGUGGACCUCACUGCUCUGUUGUCCAACAUGAGGGCUGAGUACGAGGACUUGGCGGAACAAAACCGUGAAGAUGCCGAGGCCUGGUUUAAUGAGAAGAGCACAUCGCUGCAUCAGCAGAUUUCUGACGAUGCAGGAGCUGCUACGGCAGCCAGAAAUGAGCUGAUGGAACUGAAGCGCAACCUGCAAACCUUGGAAAUAGAACUUCAGUCCCUCAUGGCCAUGAAACAUUCCUACGAAUGCUCCUUGGCUGAGACUGAAAGCAAUUACUGCCAUCAGCUCCAGCAAAUCCAAGAGCAGAUUGGUGCAACGGAGGAUCAACUCCAGCAGAUUCGGAUGGAAACAGAAGGCCAGAAGCUUGAGCACGAAAGGCUUCUCGAUGUCAAAAUAUUUUUAGAAAAAGAAAUUGAAAUGUAUUGCAAACUAAUAGAUGGGGAAGGAAGAAAAAGCAAGUCCACAUAUUACAAAUCAGAAGGGCGUGGGCCCAAAAAUUCUGAAAAUCAAGUCAAAGACUCAAAAGAAGAAGCUGUUAUCAAAACAGUGGUUGGGGAACUUGAUCAGCUUGGCAGUGUCCUCUCACUAAGGGUCCACUCAGUUGAAGAAAAAUCCUCAAAAAUAAGCAAUAUUACAAUGGAGCAACGAUUGCCUUCUAAAGUCCCUCAAUGAGGGGAAAUGCUCUUAAAAAAAAAAAAAAAAAGUCUGCUUUUGUAAAAUCCUAUUGACCAAAACCCCAAGGAAACCAUUCAUUUCUGUUCUUCAAAAUAAAAGGGUUAGAAGAUGUUUUCCUUCUCUUCCCUUUCUCAGGUUCUUUGUAUGUCAUCCUUCCCAGGAAUAGGGAAAAAAAUCUUGCUUUGUCUCUGGUUUUUGCUCACAUUUGGUGGAAUCUUUAUCGCCUCUUCAUUAACAAUUUUCUGUCCCAAGUUAUUUUUGAUAAAUUCUGUGCUUUUGAAUUUCCACAGUUGGUCUCAAUGUCACAGUACUAAGGAUAUGCUAAUAAAACUAAGUGCUUCA